UGGUGCUUGAGGCGGGGCGGGCGGAGGGGUGGAGGCAGCGGUUGUGGCCGUCCCACCUGCGACGGGAGUGUCUCCUCACACACCGACCAACCUCACCUCUGAAUCAGCCCCUUGGCCCGCUGGCUGAACGACCCCCGCCCCGCCGCGCCUCGCCUCGCCUCGCCUCACCCCGCCUCACGGGGCUUCCCGCCCUCCGCGGUUCGGGGGAGGGACGGAGAGAAGGGGAAGGCGGUGACAGGGCCGCCCCCGCGCCCCGUGAGGUGAGGGGAAGGCGGGAGGGGGCGCGCGCGAGCGGGAGGAGCGGCGGCGGCCGCCACCGGCGAGGGGAGGGCGGCGGGGAGGGCGGUGCUGUGACAGGGCCGCCUCCGCCCGCGGGAGCAGCGAGGUGGGGAGGGGAGAGGAGGAAGGAAGAAGCUGCUGCUGCUGCUGUUGGAGGUGGCGGCGGCGGUGGUGGUGCUGCAGCCGCGGGCAGAGCUUCCCCCUCCCGCCGGGCCGGGCGGGGCGGGCUCCGGAACCGAGAUGUCUCAGGAACGGCCCAAGUUCUAUCGUCAGGAGCUGAACAAGACCGUGUGGGAGGUGCCCGAGCGCUACCAGAACCUCUCUCCGGUCGGCUCUGGGGCCUACGGAUCCGUCUGUUCUGCCUUUGACACAAAAACUGGGCUGCGUGUGGCUGUAAAGAAGCUGUCCCGACCAUUUCAGUCUAUCAUCCACGCCAAAAGGACCUACCGAGAGCUACGGCUACUCAAGCAUAUGAAACAUGAAAACGUGAUUGGCUUGUUGGAUGUGUUCACUCCUGCCAAGUCACUAGAAGAAUUCAAUGAUGUGUACUUGGUGACACACCUUAUGGGAGCAGAUCUGAACAACAUUGUGAAAUGCCAGAAACUCACCGAUGACCAUGUGCAGUUCCUCAUCUACCAGAUUCUUCGGGGCCUGAAGUACAUCCAUUCAGCUGACAUAAUACACAGGGACUUAAAACCUAGUAACCUAGCUGUAAAUGAAGACUGCGAGCUGAAGAUCCUGGAUUUUGGCUUGGCCCGACACACUGAUGAUGAGAUGACUGGGUAUGUGGCUACCCGGUGGUACAGGGCCCCUGAGAUCAUGCUGAACUGGAUGCAUUACAACCAAACAGUUGAUAUUUGGUCAGUGGGAUGCAUUAUGGCUGAACUAUUGACUGGAAGAACAUUGUUCCCUGGUACAGACCAUAUUAACCAGCUUCAGCAGAUCAUGCGUCUGACGGGAACACCCCCUGCAUAUCUCAUUAACAGGAUGCCCAGCCAUGAGGCAAGAAACUACAUUCAGUCUUUGUCUUACAUGCCGAAAAUGAACUUUGAGAAUGUGUUUAUUGGUGCCAACCCGUUAGCUGUGGACUUGCUAGAGAAGAUGUUGGUACUGGAUACAGACAAACGAAUCACUGCAGCAGAAGCACUGGCUCAUGCCUACUUUGCUCAGUAUCAUGACCCAGAUGAUGAACCAGUGGCAGACCCCUACGACCAGUCUUUUGAAAGCAGAGAACUUGAGAUUGAAGAAUGGAAAAGCCUGACUUACGAUGAGGUGAUCAGCUUCGUGCCACCACCGCUUGACCAAGAGGAGAUGGAGUCCUGAGAAGCUGCUCUCUUCUGCUCAUCCCACUUCACUGUGAGGGGAAGGCCUUUUCCUAGGGACUCUCCAAUUAUCGUUCAAGUGCCUCGUCACAACAAUAUUCUCCUUUGGUGGAGGGGUUUUGUGUGUGUUGAAUUGGGGAGGGUGGGGGGGAGGGAAGAAAGCUGAGUCUAUGUAAACACGCUGCAUGCUUGUGUAUCUGUGUACAGCCUGGGGACAAGCCUCUGCAGCCCUACUCCAACUGCUCCUCAAUCCUUCCAGAGCAGCGGUGCCCAACCAAGUUUGUGCUGCUGGGGCAAGGCAGGGAAGGUGACAUUUAAAGUUUGGUUACAAUCGUUGCCAUUUAUCAAUUCUUCUACAAUUAAGUAACCUCAAAAUAAUGGAAGUUGUUUCAUAGGCCUAGAGAGUCCUCUUGUUCUCUCCAGGACUGAAGGUGGAGUUGAGGGAUGUUUGUUCAAUGCCAGGUGGCUGAUUUACGUCCGGAUCUUCCUGGUACAGCAGAAUGUACAGACCUUCCAAUGUCUGAUUCUUGGAACAUGAACAGGUUUUGUUUGAAACUGUAAAUAUGUUUGUGCCUUAAAUGAAUGGUGAGAGAAGGGAAAGGAAUUCUGGAGUGGAAAUCUCUGGCCCAUUCAGAGUGAAGGCUUCCAGACAGCCAGGCAUGAACUUGAUGUAAGCAGGAAGUAACUUUGAGGCAAAAGCCUCUCCCCCUGGAUUGGAUAUUCCUGGAUUUUCCCUCUUCCCCUCCUCUCAUUCUGAGGCUUUCCAGCAUUAGCUCCCAGGAGACAGAGGCUGGAGAAGAUUCUUGCUAGCCACACGUUUCUGUGUUUUGUUCCUUCAGAGGGAGUGUUUUUGCAUGUCAUAGCUGUACGUGCAUGUAGAGCUGCUUGAUUUUUGUCGUUCCUUUUUGGGGGUGGCACUGGGGCAGUUAAAUCAUCAGUGAACUGUUUUACUGAGUACCUCAGCCAGUGCCCCAAGAUCACAGCGUCCUUCCUCUUGUGCUGCAGCUCCUUGUGAGACACCUGCCAUGCUGGGGCCUUCGAGGAAAACAUAAAAGACAUGGCAUAGAAACACGCACCUUUUUCUUCGUUCUGAGCUUCCGGUUUCAGAGGAGCAGAGCUUGGGACAGAGGGUUCCUUGUGACAACAAAUGUAAAAAAAGGUUCUUCAGAGAAACAACUACAGCAUCUUGUGCCAGAACUUAUGUCCUGAAAACAGUUUUAGAAGUAUUGGAAUCCAAAGCAAAGAACUAAGCAUGCAUAAAAGCACCAUCUCCCCUUCACUGUCUAUAGCUAUAAAUAUAAAUAUUUAUAUGUAAAACUAACAUUUACUAGGGGUUUGGGUUUUUUUACCCUCUCAGAUAAGAGCUUCUUGGCUGGUGUUUAGCAGGUUGAUCUCUGCCUGAGGAAACAUGACAAGGGAGGAUGUUUGAAUGCAGACAGGGUUCAAAUACUUUGUAUUUUACAGGACUCUAUGCGAGCCAAAUGCCCAGAGUCAGAGGCUGUUGGGAGGGAGGUGUCUCGGCGUGUUGUGUGCUAGAGCUGUACCUGGAGAGCUCAGGAGCCUCUCUCUAGGACUUGUGGAGGAGAUGUUUCUAGACAGUGACUUGUCGUCAGCAUCCUGUGUGGAAAUGUACCUGCGUAUGUGAGGAGAAAGGCUUUGGCAGUAUUUCGUGUUCCCCUUACCUACCGCAUGGAGAGGAACUGUUGUAGUGGUUUUACCCCGUGUUUGAAGAGGCAGCACAAAGGGAUGGGACGUGGAUGACAAAGACUCUUCCUAGGCUACUUUUCCAGUGAUCUCUUCAGGUCAAACACUUGAUAAAGGUCUGGGAUGAGAUGAUGAGAGCAGUUGUUUCACUCUCAUCAGCCCAACAAAAUCGAGACAGAAAACCUCCCUUUUCUGCUGGACCAGCAGUCCAGGUCUUCAAAGGAAAAUGUAGAUAAACUAUGUAAACCUACAGCAAGAUUAUUUUUAUCAGCCAUUUUUUGUGUAGAUGCUACAGUGUGAUUUCACGUGGAUAUAUUGCUAAAGAUUUUUAAAACUAUAGACAUUGUGAGUGUGUGUGUGUGUGUGUGUGUGUCUGUGAGAGUGGGAAUGUUCCGUGGGCAGCCCCUGCUCCCAGGGCAGCCCUCCUGCCAUGCACUCCCUCCCCUCCCUGCUCAGCUGCUCAGCUGCCUGCAGGCUGGACGGGAGGAUGAACUUCAGAGGAAGAGAUCAGCUCUUUUCUUUCUCUCCAUGAGUUUUUGCUGUCAUUGGUUAUGCCAGAUAAGAUGUCACAAUACCACUGGUUAAAAAUAAAACCUAUUUUUCAGA